GCUGCAGGUCACUCCCUCCGCACUGUCAGCAGCUCUGUGCGCGCUUCAAACUUGAAGCUACACUAACUGGUGCUUUCCUUCCGCCUUUUCAAGGAUUUUUGAGUUUUUAAUCAACAAACAGUUUUUAGUAAUGUGUUGAAGUCUGUGUUGCGGCGCAUAUUCACCGGGAGGAAAUACCGUUUCGUCUCCUUUAGUUGAAAAGCAGCGGGGGGAAAUGUCCAGCUGAGGAUUGGAAAACCUGAAAACCGCAGGGCCUGUUUUGUAAUGAUUGAUCAAUGCUUCGACAAUGGCGCUUAAGGCACAAGUUUUAUAUGACUUCUCUGCUGAGGUCGGAAACAACGAGUUGACGGUGAAAGAAGGAGAGACCCUCACUAUCACUAACAAGAAUAUUGGAGGCGGCUGGAUUGAAGCACAGAACUCCAGAGGGGAGGUUGGACUGGUGCCUGAAGACUACAUCGAGUUUGGUGGUAAGGCAGUACCGUCGUUCCCAGCAGCAGUACCGUCGUUCCCAGCAGCAGGACCUCCAGCACCUACUCCAAAUGUUGGGGUUGUUACUCAAGACCUGUCCAUCUUUGAUUCCUACGCUCCCACAGCAGCACCUGCACAAAACCAGGUGGAUGCUGGGGUCUUAGGUCCCCAGCCGGACACCCCCGACACCCCAGUUUCCCCCUACCUUUCGUCCCCUGAUGAGGCGAGUAACGGUAAUGAUCCCUGGUCGGUGUGGAACGCGGACCCCUCGGGGGGCUCCAACAAUAACUGGGCGGCCAAUCCAGAGGGCACCCAGACUGGGAAGAGCCCUGCAGAGCCUUGGGGCAACACACCACAGGGCCACCCUCAGGCGUACCAGGGCCCAGGAGCGGAGUUUGAUGAGUGGGACGAUGAGUGGGAUGACAAGUCCACCACAGGAUACCCCGAGUCAGAAUCUGGAGACGGCGGAGCGAUGCAGAGAGGAGGAGUGCAUGCGUCUUCAAUGAAAAUAUCCCUCAACAACAGGUUUCCUGGCUUCUCCAAGAAUGGCCCAGAGCUCUACCUCCUGUGCAAGCAGCUCGCUAAGAGCAAAGAGAGGCUGCCAAUCUAUGUUGGUGAAGUGGGUCCGGUGUGGUCUUACCCAGACACUCAGCUAGACUGCGUGGUGGCUGAUCCCAAGAAAGGUUCAAAAUUGUACGGGCUCAAGAGCUACAUCGAGUACCAAAUCAUACCCAAUACCACAAACCGAACUGUCAAUCACAGAUACAAGCACUUUGAUUGGCUGUAUGAGAGGCUGCUGGACAAAUUUGGGUCAGCUAUCCCCAUCCCCUCUUUACCAGACAAGCAGGUGACAGGGCGGUUUGAGGAAGAGUUCAUUAAGAUGCGUAUGGAGCGGUUGCAGGGCUGGAUGACCAGGAUGUGCAGGCACCCGGUCGUUUCCUGCAGUGAUGUGUUCCAGACUUUCCUCACCUACAAGGACGAGAAGGACUGGAAAACAGGGAAAAGAAAAGCAGAGAAGGAUGAGACGGUAGGAGUGAUGAUCUUCUCCACGAUAGAGCCGGAAGGUGCGGACCUGGAUCCUACUGAAGUGGAGCAGAAAUGUGAGCAGUUCAGCAGGUUCACCAAAGCGAUGGAUGACGGGGUAAAGGAGAUCCUCACAGUGGGCAACGAGCACUGGAAGAGAUGUACAGGCCCUUUGCCGAAAGAGUACCAGAGAAUCGGCAAAGCCUUCCAAAACCUCUCAUCUGUUUUCAUCAGCAGUGGAUACCAAGGCGAGUCGACCCUGACUGACGCCAUGACGGCAGCGGGCAAGACAUACGAAGAGAUAGCUCAGAUGGUAGCAGAGCAGCCCAAGAAAGACCUCCACUUUGUCAUGGAGACCAACAAUGAAUAUAAAGGUCUUCUUGGAUGCUUCCCGGACACAAUCGGAGUCCAUAAGGCAGCCAUAGACAAAGUGAAGGAGGGCGACAAGCUGGUGGCCACCAGUAAGAUCACCCCUCAGGACAAAGUGACCAUGGCUAAGCGCGUCAGCACCAUGUCGUACGCAUUACAAGCUGAGAUGAACCACUUCCAUAGCAACCGUAUCUAUGACUACAACAGGGUCAUGCAGUUGUACUUGGAAGAGCAAGUCAAGUUUUACGAGACGAUUGCUGCAAAGCUGAGAGAAGCACACGGUCAGUUCACUACCAUGUGAGAGCCUUCAGUCUCAAAGAAAGAAGAGUUAAACCAGCUCAACAUCCAAAAUAUCCUUGCUUACACGGCAUACUUUUCCCUACUGUUAAUUUAAAUGUCACUUCUUUCUUUUCUCUCACUCUUACCUCAUCUCUUGCUUUACUGCUCUUGCCAACCGUCCCUGCUCAUGGUGUUACAUUCGCCAGAGCCCUCAGAUGUAAAUGGACCGUUGAUGAGCAUGUGCAGCAGCUGACACUUAUUUUAGGGCCUGCAUUGAUAGCAGAAUAAGACACACUUGUUACACACACACUUUCCUUUGUCCAGGCCUGCAGCUUGUUAUACAGGAAAGUAAAAGUGCUACAUUGAUUUGAGUUUCUCUAAUCUGAAGUUUUGUAAAGCUUUAGGUGCCAACAUGCCUGUGCUCACAGUUGAUUUUAAAUCAAUACUAUGCCAUUUUCCAUGUUAUUAGUGGUAAAGGAUAAGAUAUCCACUUGUUUCCUAUACAGAAAAAAAAGCCAUCCUUUCUGAAAGCAGCAUUGCCAAUGAAUCAGAGAUUUACUGUCUUUUUCCCCCCCGGUAUUUUAAUAUGUUUUGCCUCUAAAUAGUACCGUUAAGAUUUGAAAAAGUCAGUACAUCUUUGGUGAAAGCAGUGGAGCUUUUUUAUGAAUCCUAGUCUUGUAAGAGUUGUCAAAGCCCAGAGUGUGUGUCCUCUGUAUGUCCACUGCUGGCACUCCCUAGCCCCCUUUCAUCCUGCACUUCCUCAAAAGCUAACAGGAAGCUCCACCCCCUUCCUGUCUUGACCACGUGCCUUGCCCCUUUUGAGGGAAAUAGAAAUGGUUGACUUGGCUGCCGCCCCCCCCCCAGCCUGCGUACCAUGACUCUGCAGUUUACAUUUCAGGAGAGAAGACAAAAUGUAGGAUGUUGAUACGUAAGUUGGGGUUCAUGAUUGAAAGCGUUUAAAGGACAUUAACCUCCCUCUUUCUCGCUCCAUGUUCUUCUGAAGAAUAUUGUCCGUGACCAUUUUAUGGUGUUUUAUAUGAAGGUGUAGCAGCAAUGUUAGCUGUAAGAAUCUGUACUAUAAGUAGAGUUUGGGGCGAAGCCAUGGAUUAUGUCUUGUUUGCAGUUUUGCUUUUGUUUUCACCACCCAGUUUGCAAUCAGUCUCUAAUCAUGUUCACGCUUUGUUUUCUUAUCACUUGAUACCUGAAAAAUAUACAUAUAUAUAUAUAAAUAUAUUCUAUAUCUGACCUAUCAGGUGCUUCUUGUCAUUGAGAUACUAUUUUAUGUAUAGGAGUAUUUGCAAUACUGUGUAACUCGGAGAGGAGCAGAAAUUCUGUUUGAUUUAUUAAACAAUGAUUUGUACUCAU